GGCAAUUAAAGCUAUGAUGUGUAUAAGGUACCAGCUAAUUGAUGUUUUUUUUUCGUCAACAGCAGUGAAACAUGUGUGGCCCUUGAAGACAAAGUGUUUCAGUAUAGGAUUCCCAGUCCCUAUCAACAUGUCUGAUCCAGAGUUUGGACAAUUUGUAGAUUGGGACAAGAUGGUUCACCUGGGUGAUGAAGCCCCUAAGGUGUUUUCUUGCACGGACUUUAGUGUUUUGAAGCAGUAUGCCAGACAGGGCUACUGGGCAAAGAAUCAUUCUCUGAGAGCAAAUGUUUACAAGCAGCUCAUUAAAUCAAUUCCAUGCAGAACUGUGACCCCUGAUGCAGAGGUGUACAAGGAUAUUGUUGGCAAACUUAUUGGGCAGAGGAAUAUUUCUACAUUGUCUCUACCAGAAUUUGUUGAUGGCAGCCCUAUCCCAACUUAUUGUCUGAAUUCAAAUGGAAUUGGUGCUGUUGGGAAAAUUAUGGUAUGCAUUUCCAACCAGUUCCCGGACAUCUCUUUCUGUCCUGUGCUGCCAGCAAGCGUGGCACUGCUCCUGCACUAUAGUGAGGAUGAAGCCGACUGUUUUGAGAAGAUAUGUCGGAUCUUAGCCUGUAACGAUCCUACAAAACAUUUCAUAGACCAAACCUUUCUGGCUUACGAAUCUUCCUGCAUGACAUUCGGAGAUCUUGCUAACAAAUACUGCCAAGGUGCUCACAAACUAAUAGUGAGCAUUUCCGGGGAUGUCCUGGAAGUUUAUUCUGAUUGGCUGCAAUGGAUUUUUGGGGACUUGCCAUUUGAAUAUGCUGCUCGUGUCUUGGAUAUCUUUUUUGUUGAAGGAUAUAAAGUGCUCUACAGAGUGGCACUGGCUAUUCUCAAGUUCUUCAGGAAAAUCAGAAUGGGGCAGCCAGAGCUAUCCCAUAAUGUUCAAGCUGAUAUCCGGAGUUUCGUUCAGAGCAUUGCUACACACAUCCCAGUCGAGAAACUACUGGAGAAAGCGUUUUCUAUCCGCCUGCUCUCCAGGAAAGAGAUUCGCCUACUCCAAGGUGCCAAUGAAAAAGCCCUUCAGCAGAAAGGCAUCACAGUAAAACAAAAGAGAAGGCAAAAUGUCCAUCUUGCAAUUGAUGCGGAAAACUUCAAAUCAGACAUCGUCAGCGCAAAGGAGAUGAGAGAGAUUUGGUCCUGGAUCCCAGAACGAUUUGCUCUUUGUCAACCAAUAUUGCUUUUCACCACUUCAGAGCAUGGCUGUAGUCUGGCCAGGUUUUAUUCUCACUGUGAGGGCAAUGAACCAACCAUCAUCCUUAUCAAAACUACUGAAAGAGAGGUGUGUGGUACCUACCUAUCAACAGACUGGAAAGAGCGCAGACGAGGUACAAACCAGCUGAGUUACUUUGGCACUGGAGAAUGCUUUGUAUUCAGGCUGCAGCCUGAAAUGGAACGAUAUGAGUGGGUUAUCAUUAAGCAUCCAGAGCUGGAAUCUUCUUCAAGAGUGCCUGACAUAGAGUCAACCCAAGAGCCUGGGUUCCUGACCUCAUCCGAAGAUCCUUCAGACAGAUUAUCACCCUUCCUCGCCACACGCCACUUCAACUUGUCGUCUAAGAGUGCUUCGAUGUUCAUGGCUGGGAAUCACGAAUCUAUUAUAAUUGGUGGAGGCGGUGGCCACGCAUUGUAUAUUGAUGGAGACCUGAACCAUGGCAGGACGGCACGUUGCAGCACCUUUGACAACCUUCCUUUGUGUUCGGAAACAUUCAAGAUAGCUGUUCUGGAAGUGUGGGGUUUCCAGGAAACCACAUAUAAUUGACAAAAGACUUGGGCUACUUUCCGUUAAGUCACAGUCAAGUAACUGCUCCCUCCCUUCCCGGGUUGGAUCACGAUCUGGAGGUGUAUGCCAUUAUUUGGAUUCCUGUCAAUCUGGAUUUUGUUGCAUUACUAUUAUGCUGGGGUUGGGAGGAGGAGGUGACAACUGGAUCUGACAAGAAUGUGCCAUGAGUAUGCUCAGUUUCCAGAUGCACAGGUCAUAUAACCAAUUGUAAUGGAUCCUGUAUGCACUCCUUUGUUCUAAAAGACAGAGCCCUAGCUAUCAAUAUGGAUGUCACAACAUAACCAAUUAUCACAAAGAUCCCCGUAUUAUAUUACUGGGAGCUAGACUGCCGAUGGCAAAAGCUAACAGAAUUGAGCUUUUAAGUAUUUUUAUUAUCACAGCAGUGAGAGAAAGAAAUUAAUGCAUUGUUCUGGGUUAAUAUAUUGUACAAUAUUAAUUAUGUUUUGUCAUCCCUGUUCUUAGGUAAGUGAUCAUGGGUGCAAAUAGCAUGGUUGUUUAACAGUGUAUUGGGUUUGUUAAUGUCUUCCCAUAGCUGUGGGAACUUGAUGUAUAGUGGGGAGCAGUGGGGAGGACUAUCUGGACAUUGUUUCUUGACCAGUUACAAGCACAAUCUGGAUUUUGUUAGCUGGCUGGUUGAUCAUGGAGCGCAAUUUAGUGAGAUAUUGAAGCACUUGACCUGAACUGCCCUCAAAGCAAAAGUAGCCUGUUAAGACGGGUAUUGAGAAUGAGUGAGAGUUAAAUGAUGUACGCAAUUUGGGGGUGACAAGUCAUCUUCAGAAGACAUCAAACUCUCAAUAUUUCUCAUUGUCUUAACCUUAAGACUGUUAACUCAAAAAGAACUGCAGAUAAACAGCUUCCAAAAUAAAACUGAAUUGAGGAAUUCUCCAACAUUUUGGAGAAUCUCACAUUUUAAGGCUAAGACCUUGGUUUUGGGCCUUGGAAUGCUUUUCUUUGCAUUCUGAAUGUGUCUAUUCUUUCUGUGACAACAAUGGAGAGAUUUGGUUACAGCACAAAAUAUCUUGAUCAACCAAGUCUAAAAUAUUAAAUUAUUUAUGGAUUUUUUUGUGGUAAUGUACUUGUCAUAUCUCAAAAGGGGUGGGGUAGACUUUCCACUUUGUUUUGAAGCAGUGGUGUAAGAGAUUACUCUUAUGUUUACAAUACCUAGCGCAUACCAGGAGUAGGUGGUCUGCAAAGCCUCCCCCCCACCCCCCCCAAAGCUUAAUCCCAUGUUUCCUUUGUUCAAAUAUGGCAGGAAAGUGACAAAGUAACAUCAUUUUGAGGGAAUUCAUUCAAAUGAGGCAAGAAAUAUCACUUCCCACUGUAAGUGCAAUCUUAGACCCUAUGUGUCGUAAAGAAGUAAAGCACUUGUGUUUUUGAACUACUUGCAAGGGAGCUACUUUGUGCAUGAUGGACACAUAAUAAUACUGACACUCGCUAUGGAUGUGAUCGAGACAACGUACAACUGAAAACAACGUGUUCGCGGUCAAAGCAUUAAAUCAAGGGACUUUGGGGAUUGAAUUUCACUGUUUUAUGCUUAAUCUGGAAUCGUAUAACCUGACGAUCUUUUUUUUAAAUGUAUCCAUUUCAAACUAAGUUAUUGGACCACCAGAUUGUACCUUUUUGCUGUGCAUGGGGGAGAGGUCCCUACGGGUUAACUCAGAAGCAGACUGCACUUAAAGUUUACUUUGUUAACGUUCUAGGUUUAUGUCACCGAUGACACUUUUUUUUCAUUGUGAGUGAAUCCAUGAUAAGUAUAAACUGUAUAGAAGAUGCACUGCUUGUUUUUUUUUUAAAAAAAUCAAUUUCUUUCAUUUCCAAGUUGAUUAGUCUGAGCUCCAAAGAAUCAACAUUGUUUACGUGGCUGAUGGAAGGAAACUGCUUUAAAAAUGAAAGACAACAUAGCCUGUAGUACAAAGCAUCUGAGCAGAAAUGUAAACUGGUUCUUUCAAAGUGCAGGCAGUGUGGAAUCUUUGGACUUAAUUUCAAGCUUACUUUGCGUCUUUUGUAUGAUUUCAGUAUCCAGUUCGAUGACGGGUUCAAUCAGAUCCAUACUCCGUCAUUGCUGGGAAUUCAGAGCCAGGUGCUGUGCAGCCUACAUUCCAGCACUGCUGUGGAAGUGGCUGUAAUGCUUUAUUUUGUGAGGGCUCGAAAGCAAACAAAAUAAAGAUACAAUUGGUAAACUGUGGUAAAAAUGCCCAAAGGACACUGUACUCCAUACUUCUGCUUUCACUUUCACGAGAUGUUAAUAGUCUUGAAUAUAUUUGCUCAGUCACUAUCCUGAAUUGCUUAAAAUUUACGGUUGAGAAAUGCGGAGGGGAACCUUCCUAUUGACUGUGAUCAUAUUUCUGAAUAUUGAGGGGAGAGUGGGGGGGAUCCUGAGCUAUUUAGCCAUUGAGCAUAUUUUUAAAUUGAAUGUGGGUGCAGAGAGAUUAGAGGCAGCAAAUUUCAUGACACUGGUUUCUUUUGUGCAGUCUUUGGUGAUUAAGAGUUUUAGUGGAAGAGGUUGGACAAAUAUAGAGGAGAGUACCUUCACACUUGAGUCUGAAUAUUUUGACCGUGUUAUUGUACUGCUCUCUUAAAUAGUAAUGUAGCUAGAUCAGAAUUACAAUCAAAGGAUCUUCUGCGGUUGUAGCACUCCAUGGCCUUAGAAACAUUCAUCCAACAAGAGCAGCAAAGAUCAAAUGAUUGCCCUUGAGUUGGACUGAAAAGACUAAAGCAAGUGUUGAAGGCUUGUACUAAUAAACAGCAUUUUUAUUUACACAAGCCUCAAAAUCACACCCCUGAUGAUUCAAAUCCCAAUCUCGGGAAAGGAGCCUCCCAAAACACAUUUCCAUUUAGUUUUAGCUAGUUAAAAAGGAGAUGGUUAUCACAAAGUUCAGCACCAAGUGAUCAACAAAUCUAUAAGAUGAAAAUCACCAAAGUAACUAAAUGCACUCUUAAAUGUUUCUCACGACAUGUACACACUACAUUCUGGAACCACCUAAUUCCCCAUAUUCCCCUGUGACUUUCUGCAAAACCCAGUUGAUUUCUGACCUCAGCACAGAGUUAAGCAAAUUUACUGAGUAAAUAUCAAAUGUCCUCUGUCAAGAGUGUUUGGUCAAAAGUCCAUCCUCAGCUUCCACCACCAUGGCCUUUAUUUUCAAUAUUUGUCAAAUAAGGCAAUUCUAAUUACUUCAGAGCUGACCAUUUUUUGAAAUCGGCUCCACUUUAUUUAUAGGAAGCAGGUAGGGUAUCUUACUUUGUUACUUUAAUUCCUAGAAAGGCAAUUUACAGCUUUGAUCUUUUUGUUAAUUAGUUUUUUUAAAAUAACUCCAUAAUUGUAGGCACAAAAUCACAACUUUUGAGGGUAAUGAUCUUGGAGACAUUUUAAUUCCAAUGAUAAUGUUUUGAGCAGGUGCACUAGGCUUCCCGCAUUAGGAGAGUGGAAUUGCCUUUAUUAUCCCUCCCACAUGAUGCAUUGUACCUUUCAUUUUUAGUAUUGCUUUGUUCAAAUUGAAUGCAUCUUUAACAAAAUAAGCCUCUACAGUAUAUCUUCUGUAAAACUCACUGUUUUAUAUCUGGGCUUUGUGAAGAAGGCCAGGUAGUUAAACAUAUCCCAUCCAGGUGGGAAGAGAGAAAAUGAAAGGUGUUAUCUCAGUAAUAGCUUGGCAAUGUUCCAGUUUGAUUUGUAAGGCAUACCUCAGUGCGUGUUUUAUAAGGUAUUAUGUUCACUCAAUGCAUCAUUCAUUUCCCUCUACCAGCUCACUUAACCCUUUUCAGAGUGAGGCAUCUUCAACAUUCAGAAAAGGUAUAUCUUUCAUAGUUUUGUAGAAAUAUCGGGGGUUCACAAAGCCAUUACAGUAUUGGAGUAAAUAUCAUUCAGGUCACUGAUGAAAUUCUGGGACAAGUAGCCAAUGGGUUGUUUACAAAAUAUUGAUGCAGCAGCAUUUCCUUACUUAGAAUCUUAUUAUUUAAAAAUACCAAAAUAUGCUAAAUGUUAAUUUAAGUUCACAACUGUAUUUUCUGCAAAAUGUACAUGGCACAAAUGAGUUGACAACUUAAAGACCUGUGGGUGUUGCAGGCUUUUAUACAUACAUUAAGGCAUGAGAAUAGUUUUAUUUUUUCAUUGCAAUUCAAGGAUACAAUUCUCCCAUUCUCAAAAUAAUUCUGAGACCUGAAUUGUAUCAGUUUACUAUGUUUCCAGUUCCUCUGAUUGAAGUGAUAUUUGGACAGCUGUUUACUGUUGAAUUAUUGUGAAUUUGUGUUUGGUCAGUUGGGUGUCUGAUACAUUGAGUAUUCAAACCAGAGAGAGUUCCACGUAUGGAUUACACUUAAACAUAGAAAUUUCCUCGUCUAUAAUGGAAUGUGCACUCUCCCUGGAGAGACUCAUCCUGCUUACCUAAUUCCAAGCACGAUUAGGCACAGAGUAAUCCAGAGAUCUUCGGUCUAAAACUGCCAUUGCAAGGCCUAUUGGUGCACAACAUUGAUUUGUAAACUAUAUUUUUUUGCACAAUCCAUUCAAUAAAGGGUAGUCUGAAGUUUUAGCUAAUUUCAGGGUUAAAGAGUGACAGGGUUUUUUUUUGCUCAGGGUUUUAUUAAUUAAGAUGAUUCCAAGAUGCCCUGGAGCUUCCUCUGGAUUUUUAGAGGAAACUCCAGGGAAACGGAGCUAGUGUCUGCCUUUGCAAGUAACUUUGUUUUAUAUAUUAUAUACAAAAGAGUGCAAUUUUUUUUUGACAAACUGUUUCAAAACCUUCCUGUCAAAAAUAAGCCUAUGUGACUGUGCAUUGGUGAUGGGACAAUUACAGUCUAUUUAAAUGAAAGGAUUAUUAUUUACAAAUGGCUCUCUGCCAUCAAACCCAGGAACAGAAUCUUACAACAGUUACAGUGCUGGAGCAUUGACUGCUGAUCAAAUUGUUUUGCUAUCAAGCCAUGUUGUUAAUAUCUACAGCAUAUCAUUGAUUCCACGAAUAUCAUUGAUCCUUGUGUAUUUGAAGUGUUCAGGUACAAAACCACCAUUUAUUGUGAGCGUAAUCUUGCUGGUACAAAAGUCCUUUCGUCUUGUGUGGACUUGCUAAUUACAUGUUGUGUAGAAACAGAGCAGUAUUUAAGACCAUUGGAUAUUUUUGUCUUCUAGUAUUUGUGAAAGAUUGAAACUUUAGUAGUCUUUAGUGAUUAUGUGAUUGAGCUACCAUAUCAUGACUUCACUAGGGGUUAAAAGGUGUGGUUUGUUAGAUAUGAAACAGAUUUGAUUUUUCUUUGUAUUAUUGGAAUGUUCCAUUUUUAAUUGGUGCACCACACCUGCGCUCUUCACUUCACCAGUUAGUGUUAUAAUUUCAGUUUUCUGUGAUGCAAUUCUGUGGAUUUCAGGCCAUAUUUUUCUUGUUUAAGUGACCUACUUGGUUUAUAUUGAUAGUAGAAGGUAAUAGUUUAGUAACCAAAUUGUCUGCCAUCUGAGUGUAUAGUCGGGUAACAUAGCUGUCCAAACUCUGUGCAAUUAUCUGAUCUUAAAUAUUAUUGCACCCAAGGUAGCUAAGUGGCUAAAGGCAUCCAAAAGCAGCUGUUAUCUGUGUGUGCCACACUCUGGUGGGUGGGUGGUGGGUGGGGAGCUGGGUGGGUCUAGUUUCAUGUACUCUGCAAGUCUGGGAGAAGUAGUCGGUUAACAAAACAUGACAGAAAUUGGAAUUUCUCCUAUCCACAAAUGAGUGUAUAAAUAGAGCAUGAGCGGCUUUGAUUCAAUGCAACUCCACUUUUGGCUGCCACAUGCUGCACUUGGCUACCAAGUUAAAAGUUGUUUUUCAGUAGUCAUUACGUAAAUUAGAUUGUUUUAGUAAAUCAUAAAAUAUUUGUGACCUUGCUGUAUUAGAUUGUAUCUUGCGCAACAAUUUAAUGCUCAGACUUAUUGCUCCACUCUAGUUGUGUUCCUCAGAUCAACUUUGUUAACCUACCCACCCAGUGAGCAUUUCAGGCACUAGAACAAAUGGACAGAUGCCUCAAAUGGCCACAGUCUACUUAAGUAUGUUAGAUACAGUUUCAUAUCUAUAAAGCAAAUGAAUAAACCUGUUUGAUAACCUUGUUAAAAGUGCAAUAAAGUGCGCGCAAUUCAGAACUUGUUUAAAAAUAAAUAAAUGGCUAAUUAAAAAAA